UCCAGCCGCACAUUUGACUAGCCAUAUCCUCGGAGCCGGCAGCGUUAGGCAAAUGCUUUUACACAGGGGUGGAAACACCGGGGAGGGACCAGCCUUCGAGAGUCCAUUUGAAACAAUAACCAGACUGCAGACCUUCUGCAGACCACACAAGCAGACUCUUCUAGCAACACAACGGUUCUGUUCUAGAGAGAGAGAGAGAGAGAGAGAGAGAGAGAGAGAGAGAGAGAGAGAGAGAGAGAGAACUCUACUGGGACAAUAAUACUGCUUUUGGUUGCUGGUCGCUUUCAUUUUAUUUGCAUUUGUUUAUUUAUUUAUUUUGAGAGAUCCUGGGGGUAUUUUCUGCAGAUUCCUCGGCUGAUCCCCGGAUUGCUGGAGGAGGCUUCUGUCCGUCUGCGUGUCAGUCAGUGCCGAGGAUGAGCUUUAGUUUCGGGGUGGGCGUCCUGUCCUGUGUGCUGGCCGCUGCCUGUGUGCUGGAGGCCUCCGGGGGGGGGAGCGGCAGGAUCACGGAACGGCUUUUCAAUGCCCCCGGGGAUUACAUUCUGGGAGGCUUGUUCCCCAUCCACACCACGGACAUGGACCUGAGCAAGCGAGUGGAGCCGGGCACGGUCACCUGUGAAAGGUUUAACUCGUACGGUUUUGCCCGCGCGCUGGUGAUGAAGUUCGCGGUGGAGGAGAUCAAUAACUCGAGCACGCUGCUCCCGGGCACGGCGCUGGGCUACGAGCUGUACGACACGUGCAUGCAGUCCGUGGUGGUGAUGGAGCCCGCCAUGCUGUUCCUGACGCAGCAGCGCUCGCAGGAGAUCCAGGUGCUGUGCAACUACAGCGAGUACAGCACCCGCGCGGCCGCCAUCAUCGGACCGGCCACCUCCUCCAUGACAGCCACCAUAGGGAAGCUCUUCAGCUUCCUGCUCAUCCCACAGAUCAGCUACGGAGCCACGAGCGAUAAGUUCAGUGACAAGAAGCAGUUCCCCUCUUUCCUGCGGACGGUGCCCAGCGACAAGGACCAGGCCAUGGGCAUGGUGGGCCUGGUGUCCGGGUUCCAGUGGAACUGGAUAGCGGUGGUGGGCAGCGAUGACGAGUACGGGAAGCAGGGGCUGAGGCAGUUCUCUCAGCUGGCCUCGCAGGCCUCCCUGUGCGUGGCGUACGAGGGGCUCAUCCCCGUGUACAGCCCCCCCUCGGAGAGCAUCGGGGAGAUCCUGGACAGGCUGCAGCAGGCACAGGUGGAGGUGGUGGUGCUGUUCUCAUCCUCCACCCAGGCCAAGGCUUUCUUCAUAGAGGUGAUCCGCAGGCGCAUGCGGAAGGUGUGGAUUGGCAGCACUGCCUGGGUCCUGAUGGAGGACGUCUCCUCUCUGCCUGGCAUCGAGACGGUGGGCACAGUGAUCGGGUUCAACUACCACAACCCCGAGGUGCGAGGCUUCGAGCAGUACACUAGAGACCUCUUCACACAGCUGCAGAGCGAGCAGGAGCAGCAGAGGAGGAGGAGGAGGAGGAGAGGGGGAGACCCCUCACCCCAGGACACGCCCAUCCCACAGACCUGCCCCGUCUGCCUCAGCCUCACCCCCGAAAACGCCUCCAUGGUCACCCAGCCCCUGGUGAAGCACAACGCGUUCAGCACGUACGCGGCCGUGUACAGCGUGGCUCACGCGCUGCACAGCAUGCUGGGGUGCGGCACGGAGCAGUGCAGCAGGAACGUGACGUCGCUCUACCCCUGGCAGCUCCUGGAAGAGCUGAAGAAGGUCCAGUUCCAACUCAACAGCGAGGACUUAAAGUUCGAUGAAAACGGGAACCCCAACAUCGGCCAGGGGAUCCUGACGUGGGUUUGGGGCGCGAAGACGGAAUACAGGGAAAUCGGAACCUACAGCAAAGGACAGCUCAGCAUUGAGAAAGAGCAGAUCACCUGGUACACAGAGAACAAGCAGGUGCCCGUGUCCCAGUGUUCCCAGGAGUGCCUGGACGGCCAGGUGCGCCGGGUCAAAGGGUUCCACUCCUGCUGCUUUGACUGCCUGGACUGCCAGCCCGGCACCUUCCAGAACCACACCGAGGAUUUCCAGUGCACUCAGUGCCCCGCUGGCCUGUGGUCGACCAGCAGGAGCAGACACUGCUCCCGCCCAACCUUCACCUUCCUGGACUGGGGCGACUACGCCUCCCUCGGGCUGCUGUGCGUGGCCUGCGCCCUGCUGCUGUGCGUGGCCUGCGUGGCCCUCCUCUUCCUCAGGCACUACCACACCCCCCUGGUGCGGGCCUCGGGGGGCCCCCUGAGCCUGUUGGUCCUGCUGGGUCUGGCGUGCAGCUCCUGCAGCGUGGUUCUGUUCCUGGGCAGCCCCGGUGAUCUGGUGUGCCUCCUGCAGCAGCCCCUCUCCGCACUCAGCUCCGCACUCACGAUCUCCGCGCUGCUCGCCGUGUCCCUGCAGGUCAUCUGUGUGACAGACUUCCCACAGCUCUCUGCCUCGCGGCUGGGCUGGGUCCGGGGGCUGGGCAGCUGGCUGGUGGUUGCCAUGGGGAUCAGCCUGCAGGGCGGGGCCUGCGCGUGGUUUAUCCUGAACAGCCGGCCCCUCUCCCAGCACGUGGCUCAGAUGGAGGUGUCCUUCUCCAGCACUUUCCUGCGCUGCCAGACGGAGCCCAUGGACGGCUUCGGGCUGAUGCUGGGCUGCAACGGGCUGCUGUCUCUGGUCUCGUUCAUGGGAACCUUCAUGGCCCAGAAGCCCCCCAAGCAGUACAACAUGGCCCGGGACGUCACCUUCUCCACGCUGGCCCACUGCGUGGUCUGGGUGGUCUUCAUUCCCAUCUACACCGGCCUCUCGGAGCAGGGCAAGUCCCUGGCUCAGAUGGUUGCCAUCCUGCUGGGGAAUAUCGGGAUCGUGGCCAACUACUUCCUGCUCAAGUGCCACCUGCUCCUGACCCAGCCGGAUCUCAACACUCUGGAGCACUUCCAGAUCUACAUCGAGGGACCUGCAGCGCGGGCACAGCCAGAGGAGGAGGGGGUGGUGAAGGAGGGGCAGGAAGGGGUGAAGGAGGGGGAGAAAGAGGGGCUGAAGGAGGGAGAGAAGGAAGGGGGUGAGUACAAUCUGCUGUCUAAAGGUGGGUUUCACAGUCAAAAGAACUCUGACCCAAGCAGGAGUCAAGGAGGGUGA